AUGGUGGGGCCAGGCGGAGGGCGCCGCGCUGCGGGUCUCGCUCGGCGCCGCUGGCUGCAGCCGCUGGCCGGGGCGCUGCGCCCGGAGCCGGCCCGGAGGGGUCGAGCCAGCGCAGCCGGAGCAGCCGCUGCGGUGCCCGGCGAGCGGCGGCUGAAGGGCCCCGAGGAGCUGCCGGGACCGGGGCUGAUCCGCUCCCUCUACUGGGUCUUCGUGCGCGGCUACCUGCUGCACACGCACCAGCUGCAGGUGUUGUUCCGGAAGAAUUACGGCCCCAUGUGGAAAUCCACCUUUGGGAAGUACAAGAACGUGAACAUCGGGAGCCCGGAGAUCCUGGAGCAGCUGCUGAGGCAGGAGGGGAAAUACCCCAUGAGGAGCGACAUGGCCCUGUGGAAGGAGCAUCGGGAUAUCAGGCAGCUGCCCUAUGGCCCGUUCACCGAGGAAGGGGAGCGCUGGUACCGCCUGCGCCAGGUGCUCAACCAGCGCAUGCUGAAGCCGUCGGAGGCCAGGCUGUACGCGGGGGCCAUCAACGAGGUGGUGUCGGACCUGAUGGCCCGGCUGCAGGCGGAGAGGGUGGGGAGCCCCUCGGGGGUCCUGGUGGGGGACGUGGCCAACCUGCUCUACAGAUUCGCCCUGGAAGGCAUCUCCUACAUCCUCUUUGAGACCCGCAUCGGGUGCCUGGAGCGGGAGAUCCCCGCGGAGACGCGGCGCUUCAUCGACGCCAUCGGCCUGAUGCUGAAGAAUUCCGUCUUCGCCACCGUCAUGCCGCAGUGGAGCCGGGAGCUGCUGCCCUUCUGGAGCCGCUACCUGGAGAGCUGGGACACCAUCUUCGCCUUCGGCAAGAAGCUGAUUGACAGGAAGAUGGAGGAGCUGGAGGGGCAUCUGGAGCGAGGCGAGGAGGUGUCGGGCUACCUGAGUUACCUGCUGGCCAGCGGCAGGCUGACGCCGGAGGAGGUGUACGGCAGCGUGGCGGAGCUGCUGCUGGCCGGCGUGGACACGACGUCCAACACCUUGUCCUGGGCCCUCUACCACCUGGCCAGGGCCCCAGAGACCCAGAGCUCCUUGUAUCAGGAGGUGAACAGCGUCGUGCCCAGAGAGCGAAUCCCCGGCGCCCAGGAUCUGGCCAUGAUGCCGCUGCUUCGGGCCAUUAUCAAGGAAACGCUCAGGCUGUACCCCGUGGUCCCCACCAACGCCAGGGUCGUUGUGGAGAAGGACGUGGUCAUUGGAGGCUAUCACUUCCCGAAGAACACUCUCUUCGUCCUGGCUCACUACGCGAUGGCGCACGACCAGAGCAGCUUCCCGGAGCCCGAGCGCUUCCUGCCCCAGCGCUGGCUCCGGGGCCACGGCUCGGCCCACCACCCCUUCAGCUCCAUCCCCUUCGGCUACGGGGUCCGCGGCUGCCUGGGCCGGCGCAUCGCCGAGCUGGAGAUGCACCUGGCUCUGGCCAGGAUCGCCCGGACGUUCGAGCUGCGGCCGGACCCCCAGGGCACGGAGGUGACGUCUGUCUCCCGCAUUGUCCUGGUGCCCAACAAGCCCAUCAACCUGCAGUUCGUUGCCCGGCAGCCGGGCCCCUGAGCGCCCACCCCGCAUUGCCUGGCCAGGGCACCCUGCGGGUCCGCCCCUCGCCUGGGCCUUCCGGGCAGGACGGCUCUGCCCUGGGCCCGGCUCGCUCCCCGGCAGGUGCCCACGGGUCAGGCUGGCGGGGGCGGGGCAGCGUCGCUGGAAUCGGGGUGUCCCUGGGCCCCUCGCUCUCCAGUGUUGCGGGGUGUUGAACAGGGUCUGGGGUUCGCCUGCGUGGCACCGGGCCCCCUCUCACUGCCGAGCAGCGGCGCCAGGCCCAGCACGGGCAGGGCCUGGCUGGGGGCGGGAGGGAAAAGGCACCGGGGGUGACUCUCGGCUGGCCCCGAGGAGCGGUCAGUGGAGAGGGGCCGUCAGCCUGGGGGGGCUGGGAUACCGCUGGGGCCGGCAGAGGCAGCCAUGGCCACUGGGUCCCUCUGCUCAGCGUGAGGGGGGGCGGGGGGCUCCAGUCUCCUUUGGAGGACCCAGCUGGCAGCGAUGGGGGGCCCACCCGCCCUCAUUGCUCUGUCUGCCCAUUAGGCCUAACUGCCCCACACCAAAUAUCCAGCCCCCCCAGGCUGUGUUCACCAGGCCUGGGCUGCCCCGGCCCGGCGGGCCCAGCAGGAGGCAGUUUGCCGGGACUAGUUUGCCCGUCUCCCUGUGCCCAGCACUGGGGGGCCUGGUCAUCACCCCAGCUCCCAGGGACGGCUCAGGGCCUCCUGGGGGAGGAGGGGGGGCCUUUAACCAUGGAAGCACCGAGCCGGAGGUGCCGCUGCUCCGCUCCGAAGAGCAAACCCCGUAUCUCCCCCUCGGUGUCAUCUGAGCCCCCCGCAGCAGCAGGGACCCUCACACCACUCCCAAGAGCAGCUCCCCCCCCCCGAUCUCCCCCUGCGCCGGGGGGGGGGUUGUGGGGUUUGCCCCGGGCAGAAGCCCCAAUGUGCCCCCGCUGCUCUGGCGCCACCUAGGCCCUCCCCGGCUGUCGGACAUGCAGCUCCGGGGAGCAGAACCCCCCACCCCUUUGCCUGUAUGGGGCUCAGGUAACCUGCCUGGCACCUGGCCGAAAGGACCAAUAAGGGGAGCAGGUACUUUCAAAUGGCGGGGGGAGGUUUUUGUUUGUGCCUCUGUGUUGUUCUCGCCCAGCCAGAGGGACCAGGCAGGAAAAAACCCUCCUAAAGCCCUGCCUGAAAUAAGAUCCCGAACGCCGCAGGGAAGAGCAAGGAAAUGCCUUAGAUUCUCUCUGGGUUUAGCGUGUAAAUUUUCCCUGUGCUAAGAGGAAGGUUUAUUCCUGGUUUUUGUAACUUUAACGUUUGGCCUAGAGAGGAACCUUCUGUGUUUUAAAUCUUAUCACCUUGUAAAAUUACCUUCCAGCCUGAUUUCGCUUUUCCUUUUGUCUUUAUAAUAAAGUUCUGCUUUUAAGAA